GGCAUCCAGCUGGGCGCACGCGCAUUUCGCGAGGAGGUGCGACCUGAAACUAUGGCGACUGCAGCGGUCCACCCUGCGGCCCUGCGGCUGCGGCUGCUCCUCUCGCCCCUGAAGUCCAGGAUCCCGGUGCUCCUGGCGGAGCCAGCAGCCGCCUUCCGCACUGCAGUGACUUCUGCCAAGGUGGCUGUGAAUGGUGUUCAUCUGCAUUACCAGCGAACAGGAGAAGGGGAUCAUGCAGUUCUCCUGCUUCCUGGGAUGUUGGGAAGUGGAAGCACGGACUUUGCACCACAGCUUCAGAGCCUAAAUAAGAAGCGCUUCACAGUGGUGGCCUGGGACCCUCGAGGAUAUGGACAGUCCAGGCCCCCAGAUCGAGACUUCCCACGGGACUUUUUUGAAAGGGAUGCAAAGGAUGCUGUUGACUUAAUGAAGGUGCUGCAGUUCAAGCAGGUCUCCCUGCUGGGCUGGAGUGAUGGGGGCAUAACCGCACUCAUUGCUGCUGCGAAGUACCCAGCUUACAUCCGCAAGAUGGUGAUCUGGGGAGCGAAUGCCUAUGUCACUGAGGAAGACAUCAGGAUUUACCAGGGUAUCCGAGAUGUUUCUAAAUGGAGUGAGAAGGCAAGGAAACCUCUGGAAGCCCUAUAUGGAUAUGACUACUUUGCCAAAACCUGUGAGAAGUGGGUGGAUGGCAUAAACCAGUUUAAACAUUUGCCAGAUGGUAACAUCUGUCGGCACUUGCUGCCCCUGGUCCAGUGCCCAACCCUCAUCGUGCACGGGGAGAAGGACCCAUUGGUCCCACGUUUUCACGCUGACUUCAUUCACGAGCAUGUGAAAGGGUCACGGUUGCACCUAAUGCCAGAAGGCAAACACAAUCUGCAUUUACGUUUUGCAAACGAGUUCAACAAGUUGGCAGAAGACUUUCUACAAUGAAAUUACAAGAAGCUUUUGGUUUCUGGGUGAUGCUGUACAAGGAUCAUGGCCUUGUCUGUUACCAGGAUGCUCCAGAAUGCCUUCCUUGCCUUUCUCCCCAGUUCACACACCUGCCAGGCUUUCUCUUCUCCCCAUGAUAUGACUCUAUGCAAGCAGAAAAAUAGCAUACCCAAGUCAGGUUAUAGUCUUAAUUACUGCAAAAAAUGAGUAUUGGCAUUUUUAACAUUAAAUUAUGAGUUUCUAUCAUUGUCAUAAAAGUAAAUUCUUACCAUAAUUUAUUUUCAAAUAAAAUUUAUGUGAAACCUU